AUGUCUUCUCUCCAGUGCAACGGUUGUGGCUCAUCGAGCACAGCUCUGAAAUUUGUCUCCUGCCUGCACACGCUGUGCGUACCCUGUGUGCAGAACAGUAUUUCAUUUGACGGUUCAAUCAAAUGUCCAAAAUGUUUGUCCAUCACUCUGCUGCGUGUGGGCGUAGAGCCAUUGCGAUCGCUCCCAAGUGUUGUGGACAGUGGAGAUUCUGUGGCGGGAGACGAGACCCUUGGGAAACCCAUGUGUGAAGAGUGUGGAGAUGAUACCAUCGCCACCAGCGGGUGUGAGCACUGCCAGGUGAAAAUGUGCGCUGCACACGCAACUAGUCAUCCACUAUUCAAAUCCACCAAGGGUCACAUCGUCAAGCCAUUAUCCCAAAUGGAGCAUGCCUCGUCUUCUGCAGGAUCGACCAGCAGAUCUGCUGCUACACAGCACAGGUGUGUACUGCAUACAAGUGAGUUCGUUGAUGGAUUCUGCGUCCAGUGUAACCAGUUGCUGUGUCCAAAGUGCAAACAGGCACAUUCACACAAGAAAGAUCAUCAAGUCUUGGAUAUUGCCAGUGCUGGUCAAAAGACACGGGAUGUGCUAGCAGAUAAGCUUGGCAGCAGUACGUCAACAGGUGAUGGAAUCAUAACCGAAGCAUUGAGCAAUGUUCAAACAAACAUUCAGAAACUCAAUGACCAAACCGAGUUGGCCUCAGCAAAAGUCACUGAGUUCUCCAAACUGUUAACAGAGGCAGUUGUGAAGCGUGAGAAUGAACUCCUUGCAGAGCUGGACAACAUGCGAUCUAAGAAGAUGCUGGCAUUGGAGGAACAACAAAACCGACUUCGGGAGUGUGUAUCGCAGGAGAAGAGUGCAGCGAAUAUUGUGAAGUCAUUCACGGACGAUGUGGACCUGCUCCGUAUAUGGACAUGGGUCGACGAGUCAUUGAACAAAGCGAUGCGAACAGCUGAAGAAGAUAAAGUUCCAUACGUGUCCAGUGGGCUUGUGUUUGCCAGCACUGACAUCACACAACUACUGAAUGACAUUGGCAAGUCUGGUACUGUACUAGAUAUAGCCGAUCAUGCUGUACUGGAUUGUCCAGACAAAGCCACGACUCGUGAUAAUGUCAUACUCAGUGUUGGGAUUACGUCAUCACACACUGUAGAUGCUGCCACUGCCAGUGCUACCAAUACUCCAGCAUGCAGUGUUAGUCAGGAUCAACUCGACAACAUCGGACUGGAGAUUUCCGUAUGCAGUCUUGGUAAUGACGAAUUUUCCGCUGUGCGCAAUCGCUGUGAAUCAUUACCUGGACGUUUAGAGAUUGGACAUGAUCGAUUGGCAGCUGGUCGCUACUGUGUAUCAGCUAUUAUUGGAUACAGGCAUUUGCAAGACAGUCCACAGCAACUCAAGAUAAUAUCUACUCCCAGUCAGCCACUGUUUGAUAACAGUCGAUGUGGUAGUGGGUUGAAGAUCACCAAUGAUGGACGCACACUGAGUAAGACCGGUAGUGGUCAUAGAUCAGCAUGUACCACACCUAUGGUCACUGAUACUGGUAGCAGUACACUGAAGGUGAGGAUUGACAAGACCCAGCAUGGUAACAUCUUCCUCUCUGCCUGUUCAUCCAGUAAUCCAAACCUGAAACAUCACCAACAGGACAAGACACAAUGUUUUGGUUGGCAUGGCGCUGGUGCUAGUGAGUACCACACUGGCACAGCCCUUGGUCAACCGUGGCAAACUGGUGACAUCAUUCAACUCACAGUUGAUCAUGAUCGUCACACUCUCACUGGUAGACACGAGAGAACGGGCGCUGUGGAAACCAUCCCGAACGUCACAGGUAACCUGUACUGGAUUGUUGCACUCGCUAAUUGGAGUGACCAAGUAUCGAUCGAGUGA